GGCGUAUUUAGAAUUGCAGGGAGAGAAAGAAAGGAGGGUAGAGUCAAAGUGGCAGAAGAUUUUGUCUUUGGGCAAUUGAUUUCAUUUUGGGCAAACAAAACAAAAGAAACUGAAAAGCUCGUGAUCAGAUAUCUAUUAUUUUCCAGCUGCUGCAGGAGGAGAGGAGUUGGAUACUAUAAUUAUUAAUAAUUCAACUGAUGCAAUAAAGUUCCCCACAAAAAGAAUUUACAGACUCUCUCCCUCGUCUCUUCCUUUUCUCUCCUCUCUCCCUCUCUCUCUCUCUCUCUCAUAUGCUAGGAGUACUAGUACUAGUCUUUCUUUAGACCUAGACACUUUCAACGACAUUGUAAAGUCCAAUCCUUACUUUUCUUCUUCUGAUAUAUAUGGCCAAGAUUUAGGAGGUUUCUUUUGUUUUCUCAUUUCUUUCCAUAUAAAAUGAGUUCUUGUGCAAGAACUGGAGGGGUGAGACAGUACAUAAGAUCAAAAGUUCCUCGUUUGAGAUGGACUCCUGAUCUUCACAACUGUUUCGUUCAUGCCAUUCAGAGGCUUGGUGGCCAAGAUAAGGCUACCCCUAAGCUUGUUCUUCAGUUGAUGGAUGUAAGAGGACUCACUAUUUCACAUGUCAAAAGCCAUCUCCAGAUGUAUAGAAGCAUGAAGACUGAUCCUAAUGUUGAAGAGGGAGGGAGUAGCUUUGUCAACCAGAGCAGAAAAAAGGGUUGCAAGGAAGAAGAAGAUGAUAAUGAUGGAAGUAUAGAAGAAGAGACAAGUGUGGGUUACCUUGCAUCAUUACAAAAACCCCUCAUGCAAGUAUCUAAUUCUCAUCAUAGCCACUUUGGCUUCAAUACCAGUCCUAAACCACCUGCAAAAAGAGCUAGAAUCACAGAUCAGAAUCUCCAAUGCAACCAACAUGAGACAAUGUCGAUGAAUCGGUACAGUUACAAAUCUUAUAUGGGGGCUCAGAAAAGUGAGGAGGAUCCGAUUUCCACAGCCUUCUCUCCGGCUCAUCAGUUCUUCCACAACCUCAGUCUCUUUACCCAUGCACUCAUGGGAGAUUCUUAUCUUCCUGAGGUUGCUGAACAAGAAGAUAAAGCAUGCACCGCAGUAAGAAGGAAACGCAAACUUGAUGAAGACCCCUUGAACCCGGAAAAUAUACAUGAUGGUUGUGGAUUAUCAUUGUCGCUCUCGUUGCAGCAUCCAUCCACUCAGAAGAGCAAUGCUUCUUCCAUGAGUGAUAUCAGUGAAGCAAUCUCUUCGUCGUAUUUUAAUGCCAAUCUGAGCAACUCCACUGGCUCAUCACAGGAGCUUAAUUUAGAUCUAUCCAUUUCUUUAUCUGGUGCCUAAAAGCCCAGGCUAAUGUUUUAUCUGAAGUUUCUUGAUAGUCUGGCACAUUCAUGUUUUAUUUCAUUGAUCAACUUGUAGGGUAAACUUAAUAUGUAAUAUUAUGGUUUUGUUCUUGUGUC